CACGCGAUGCCAUUUCCUCAGCCGACCGAGCCCUACCCACCCAUCCUCCCCGGCGGCGGCGCUGCAGCAGCAACCGAAGAUGGUGAAGUUCCUGAAGCCCGGCAAGGCCGUGAUCCUCCUCCAGGGCCGGUUCGCCGGCCGCAAGGCGGUGAUUGUGCGCGUGUUCGAGGAGGGCACCCGCGACCGCCCCUACGGGCACUGCCUCGUCGCCGGCCUCGCCAAGUACCCGAAGAAGGUGAUCCGCAAGGACUCCGCCAAGAAGACGGCCAAGAAGUCCCGGGUUAAGUGCUUCAUCAAGCUCGUCAACUUCACCCACAUCAUGCCCACCCGCUACACCCUCGACGUCGACUUCAAGGACGUCGCCUCGGGCGGGCCCGACGCGCUCUCCACCCGGGACAAGAAGGUCGCCGCCUGCAAGGCCGCCAAGGCGCGCCUCGAGGAGAGGUUCAAGACCGGCAAGAACAGGUGGUUCUUUACCAAGCUCCGCUUCUAGAUGCCGGGCGUCCUGCAUAGUGCCCUGCUUUAGUUGUCAGUUUCUUGUAUCGGAUACUCUUUUAAGCUAUCUCUGCUUUGGUAUUGCCAUGGAGACUUCGCUUAGUAUUACGGAUCUCGGAAAGAAUUUUAUUAAGACAUCGAUGAUGUGUUAAAUGUUGUCGCAUAGAUCUGGCUGAGAUUUUGCUCAGAAUCGCUGCUUGGGAUGUACUGCUGUUUUUCUCCUGCAUUGUGCUCUAAAUGUUUGGUCUUGGUAGUGACAGA